CCCCAAUAUUUGAAAUGCAAUAGUCAUUCAUGUGGUCCAUGUGGUGGACAGUUGGACGCACCCAGUGUUGUCAUCAGCGACCACAGCACCACCACCGAUGAGAGGGAUGAUGUGUCCAUAAGUGAUGGUCAAGAGUCCAGUGAGUUAUCGCUGGCCAUCGAAACCUAUUUGACGCGUGAGUCUAAUAGUCACCUCCGGCGCGACUCUAUUAGUAGCAUAUCUUCGAGCACUUCCAGCCUCUCGUCGUUAGGCGAAGAAGAUUUCGUUGAACACGACUUGCAAACGACGUGUAAAUUAUCACCGUUUCCUAUUUAG